GACACAGGCUUAGACAGGGUCAGGGAAAUUAAAGUAUCGGAAACGAUGCGAAAUCAAGAAGCGAAAUAAGAGAGAUAAGCCAAUUGAAGAAACAAAAAAUAGCAGGAAAAAGCACCUCCGCCGCUAAGGCAGACUCUCCACUUCAGAGCCUGAGGGGCGAGAAAAGGAGACGAGUAAAUAACUGAGGGUUAAGGUUUUUUUUUUUUUUGACGUGGAUCGAGCAAUUAAUCAACAAUAAAUGGGGAAUUUAUUGGUGAAGAAACCCAAGAUCACCGAAGUCGAUCGAGCAAUUCUCUCCCUCAAGACUCAGAGGCGCAAGCUUGGUCAAUACCAACAACAGCUUGAGGCUGUUAUAGAAGCUGAAAAGCAAGCUGCUAGAGACUUGAUUCGUGAAAAGAGAAAGGAUAGAGCUUUGUUAGCAUUGAAGAAGAAGAAAGCCCAGGAAGAAUUAUUGAAGCAAGUUGACACGUGGCUUAUUAAUGUCGAGCAACAAUUGGCUGAUAUUGAACUAGCAAGCAAGCAAAAAGCAGUUUUUGAGAGUUUGAAAUCAGGUAACAAUGCAAUUAAGGCAAUACAAAGUGAGAUCAACCUAGAGGAUGUCCAAAAGUUAAUGGAUGACACCGAAGAGGCUAAGGCUUAUCAAGAUGAAAUCAAUGCAAUACUUGGAGAGAAAUUAUCAGCAGAAGAUGAAGAGGAGAUUUUGGCAGAAUUUGAGAACUUGGAAACUCAGAUGGCUGUUCAAGGUAUGCCGGAAGUGCCUACCACAGCACCAUCUGAAGAACAAAAUUUGGAUCUUCCUAAUGUGCCAACCAAGAAACCAGUUACUUCCAAUGCAGCUAGAGAUGAUGAUGAAAUUGCUUCAGCUGAAGUUUCCACCAAAAGAAGAGUUAUGGAGGAACCAUUGCCUGCAUGAUUGAGAAAACGAUGUGGCUGUUUCAUGAGCAGCCUGCCACUAUUAAGGAACAUCUCCCAGCUGCCUCAUUCACUUCUUUUCAUUUGUUUCUUUCUAUAAUUGUCUAUGUGAUGGGUUGAGUUUGGUGGUAAAUUGUUUCCAUGUCAGUUUGUACAGAUCUGUAUAAAUACCUGUUUGAUCAUAUAAUGAGUAUUGAAAUUGCUUA